AUGUCUUCAACUGAUUUGGAAUAUUUGCUAAAUUUGAUUGGUCCAAUCAUUUUAAAAACGGACACUACAUUCAAAAAGGCAAUAUUGAUGCCCAAGAAUCAAGAGGAAUGGUUACAAAUUGCUGAAGGUUUUGAAAAGCGAUGGAAUUUUCCGCAUUGCUUAGGAUCUAUUGACGGAAAACACUGUAUUUUGCAAACUCCAGCCAACAGUGGAAGUGACUACUUCAAUUAUAAGUCGACUUUUAGUAUUGUGUUACUUGCACUUGUGGAUUAUCAUUACAAUUUUUUAUUCGCUGAUGUAGGCUGUCAAGGCCGCAUCUCAGAUGGAGGAGUGUUUGCUCAUACAUCUUUUUGUAAAACAUUGUAUGCAGGAACUCUAAAAUUACCGGAAGAAUCUAUUUUACCUGGAAGGACAGAAAACGUGCCUUAUGUGUUUGUAGCAGACGAUGCAUUUGCACUACAUAAGCACAUUUUAAAACCAUAUGGUGGAACACACGAAAACAACUCACCUAAACGAACCUUUAAUUAUAGGCUAUCAAGGGCACGGAGAGUUGUGGAAAAUGCAUUUGGCAUCCUCUCUUCUGUCUUUAGAGUUCUCAGAAAACCGAUACUUUUGAAAGAAGACAACGCGGCAUUGGUGGUUUUAAGUUGUGUAUACCUACACAAUUUUUUGAGAAGGAGCAAAACAUCGCGAAAUAUAUACGCUCCACCAGGAAGUUUUGAUAUCGAACCUAAUACGCGGAAAAAGAUUAAACAUGGAAAUGAAAUGACUAUUGUACCACUGAUAGUUGCGCCGUCGGAUAAUACUAAACAAAUAGCUACAGUUCUGCUGCUCACUCUAACGUCGACAAACUCCGAAUCUCAGCCGUUUAAAAAAUUGUUCAAACACUUGCCUCUAGUAGAAAUCACGGUAUUGCGGUAUUUGGGCUUCUGCCUUUACCAUGAAGUUAUGUUGUGA